AUGACGGUCGCGGCGGGGAUCGGUUACGCGCUGGUGGCUCUGGGACCGUCUCUUUCACUUUUCGUCUCCGUCAUCUCCAAAAAGCCCUUUCUCAUCCUCACCGUUCUCUCCAGUACGUUGCUGUGGCUUGUGAGUCUGAUCGUCUUGUCGGGACUAUGGAGGCCUUUUCUUCCUCUCAAAGCCAAUGUGUGGUGGCCUUAUGCUCUACUUGUUCUCUCCUCUGUUUGUCUCCAGGAAGGUCUUCGCUUUCUUUUCUGGAAGAUCUACAAGAGGCUUGAGGAUGUGUUGGAUUCCUUUGCGGAUCGGAUGUCAAGACCCCGCUUGUUUCCCACUGAUAAGCUGCAGAUUGCUCUAGCUGGUGGUUUAGGUCAUGGUGUGGCUCAUGCUGUCUUCUUUUGUUUGAGCCUCUUAACGCCAGCUUUUGGUCCGGCCACAUUCUAUGUCGACCGAUGUUCGCAGGUGCCAUUUUUUCUCAUCUCUGCAAUCAUAGCACUUGCGUUUGUAACGAUCCACACAUUCUCGAUGGUCAUUGCUUUCGAAGGGUAUGCAAAAGGGAACAAAGUAGAUCAAGUCAUAGUUCCAGUCAUACACCUUGCUGCUGGAAUGUUGACAUUGGUGAAUUUUGCAUCGGAAGGUUGUGUAAUCGGCGUUCCUCUUCUUUACCUUGUGGCAUCUCUGACUCUGUUGCAUUGUGGGAAAAUGGUUUGGCAAAGCUUGAUAGAAAGCCGGAACCAAAGCUGA